CGGCCUCAAAAGGAUGCUCCAGAACAAGACACUAACUAGCAGCAGUGCCGUUUCAGCUGCCCUGGACCCGAGGCGGAAUUUCUCUCGUGUCUGCAGUGAGUGAGACAGAAUUGAACUGCUUUGCCUGAAGCAAGUGAAAUGAUUCUUCUCCUGUUGUUUCUGUCUCCUCUCCUGAAACUCAACUUGCAGUAUCAUUGAAGCUGAUUACAAGGGAACCAAAGACACCGCCUAACACAGUUCUGAGGUGAGUAUGAUCAACCUUUGAAGAAGCUAAAUAACUGACAACCUGUCAAUAUAACCUGUCCCCUGUUGGAGCGCUCAACAAAAAGUAAUUAAGAGGACCCAGGCCACCCUCAGGCCCAAAGACUCGCUGUUGGUGGGAACCCUCUAAGGCUGUGGAGCCUCCGAGUGGGCCGGAUUUGGGUGUCGGAAUGGAAACAGUUUGAUCAUUCAGGCCAGGUGGUCCUGCAUCUUCAAUAUGGAAUGUACGUUUGGCCCUGUGCUGUGGUCCUGGCCCAGUACCUGUGGUUUCACAGAGGAUCUCUGCCAGGAAAGGCUGUCUUAGAGAUUGGAGCUGGAGUGAGCCUUCCAGGAAUCAUGGCUGCAAAAUGUGGUGCUGAAGUAAUACUGUCAGACAGUUCAGAGCUGCCUCACUGUCUAGAGAUCUGUCGGCAAAGCUGCCAAAUGAAUAACCUGCCUCAGGUGCAUGUUGUGGGAAUCACGUGGGGUCAUGUAUCUCGGGAUCUUCUGGCUCUACCACCGCAAGACAUUAUUCUUGCAUCCGAUGUGUUCUUUGAACCAGAAGACUUUGAAGACAUUUUAACUACAGUUUACUUUUUGAUGCAGAAGAACCCCAAGGUCCAACUGUGGUCUACUUACCAGGUAAGAAGUGCUGACUGGUCACUUGAAGCUUUGCUCUACAAGUGGGACAUGAAAUGUGUCCAAAUUCCUCUGGAGUCUUUUGGUGCAGACAAAGAAGAUAUAGCAGAAUCUGCCCUUCCAGGAAGACAUACUGUUGAAAUGCUGGUCAUCUCCUUUGCAAAGGACAGUCUCUGAAUUAUACCUAAAAGCUGUUUUGGGACAAUGUCAAUACUGAUUAGCAACCUGGCAAGCCAACUGCAUGACUCAGACCACUUUCAGCUUGACUACAGUGGAUCUGAAGAUGGUCAGAUCUGUUGGCUUUAGAUUGUGAUGGGUCACAUAACCAUUAAAACAAAAAUUAAAACUCCUAUAAGAAAAAGAACUUCGAUUGUUCCUAAGUCAUUAAAAAAGGGCAUAAAUUAGGUUAUGAGAAGAGAGUUACUCAAAACCUUAACAAAGUGCUACCUUAGAGCAUUGAGGAUAGUAGGUACUGAACUGGCAUUUCCACUUUAUAACUUAGGGGGGAAAAAAAUCAACUACUAAACAUUUCACUUUCAUUCUAUACAGUCAGUAACAUUCACAAGAUAAUUGCACAGGUCUUUCAAAUAAACGGGGGAAAAAAGACCAAGACAUAUUCUGAGAAAAGCUAACACCAAGAAAACGUUUUAAUUAAACUACAGAAACAAUGGUUAUAGUACAGAAUAUUCAUGAGCAAAAAGAUACACCAUGUUAUAAGUACUUACAAAGUUACAAACCAUUUGUUUCCUUAACAUUUUCCACAUUUUAAGUUCAUACAUGAAGAUAAUCGGAUUUACCAUUUUUUUUGGGGGGGGGGGAGGAGAGGAAGAAAAAAAAAGGUGUAUUAUCAUCGCUAGAUGUGCUCACUGUAUGCUCCGUUAUUUAUAUGCAAGGCCCGGGUGACUGGAAGUGCAGUUGUCAGGCAUUUUAAUAAACUGGACAGCCAUUUGUUUCUGCACGACAAGGCAUCUUUACACAGGAGCAAUCAGGAGAAAACAGGAAACAGCCAAGCACUCUGCACUGCAACACGCCACCUUAACAGCUAACCAGCAUUACUCAACUGCUACACAACUGCGCCUAGUGCACAAAAAUACAUAAGAGAAGAGAUUAGAAUUGUGUUUGGUAAACAAUCCUUUAAAAAAAAAAAAAAAUCAAGUCUUUUCACCUGAAAAGUCUUUAUACAAAUUUGGGUUCAGUUUACCAUUUAGACCUGAAGGUAAAUAACA